AUGGUGGAUAACCUUGCCUUUACUCUGGCUGUUGGUCGGGAGGAUUUGGGCAUUGUUGCCGCAGCAAAGGGACUGAUCUCCGGGCCAAUUGACAUCAUUCUUCGUGAUGGUUCCAUUCACAGCUGCGAUGUAGCUGGUGACACGGGCACUCUGUUACCGUCGAUCAGUUCGAUACAAAAGAUCAACUUUCGCGCGACGCGAUGGGUUUUGGUCAUUGAGAAAGAGGCAAAGGGAUUUCCAGAUCUGACGACGAGACGUUUUCUAUCUGUCAUCAGUACACUUCGGCCCCAGCUGGACUUGUUUAUCCUGGUGGAUUUUGACCCGCAUGGGGUAGCCAUUAUGCGGACAUACCGAUAUGGAAGCCGGCGCUUGGAUCACGAGGAGAAUGCCACAGUGCCGCGGCUUCGGUGGCUGGGUAUCGUCAGCGACGACAUUUUCAACGAGACUACACACCUCCAUGAAACGAGCGACAAUGAUAACAGCCAGGCUAGCCAGGGCACAUCUACUCAGGAAACGGCCAGUCAAGCGUCCGUGGUCCAUUCCUUUGACGGUUCACAAAGCGAGAGACCGACAAAAAGGGCGAAGAUUGGCAGGGCGCGAGCACGAAGGCCGAGCGAAUCUAUCCUUCCCCUCACCCAGCACGACAGGAGGAAAGCUGUUGACGUGAUGAAGGAGGUGUUUGGCGCUGGAGCUAUGAACAACGACGGAGCGGAGCAGAUGCGUGAGCUGCAGCGGAUGUUGAUGCUUAAUAUCAAGGCGGAGAUACAGGCGGUCGACAACUAUGGGGACAGUUCGGACUGGCUAGAUGCGAAAUUAAGCAAGCUUAUAGACCUUGUCCUAGGCCCAGCCGUCAGUCUCUUAAAAUUAGCCACGGUGCCGCCUCCGAAGAGGCUCCGGGACAGGAUCCCAGGGCUGAGUCGGAUUUCCAAAGGAAAGAAGGAUCUGUCCACAGCCUCUGAGACAAAAUCCCAACUUUCACUGCCCAGCACAUUCACUGCUACAGAUGAAGGGGAUCAAGCACCUGUGUCGGAUCCUGGAGAGGUCAACCCCCAGUCGAUAAUUGGAGAUCCAAACCCAGGACCAUCACUCGUAGCACCUCCUUCAAAUGAGAAGCUUGGGCUUUUUGAGUUUCCCGCAGCAGGCCUCGGUGGACUAGUGGUGAAAGAGGCUCUCGUCCAUGCAUGGAACCACUCAUCCCACGACCAAGACAUCCUGGAGAAGGUCAGGGCUUGUCUCUUCCUCGGCGUUCCUCAUCGUGGCUCCGGUCUUGCGGACUGGGCUAAAGUACCUGCCGAAGUUGCGAAGUGGCUAUCACUGAGGUUUGCAGGUAACAGCAACUUCGUCAGCGUCUUGAAGGAGAGCUCCAAGGACUGGGUGAAGUUGUCUGACAGCUUCGUUGAGAGGGCCGACAGUCUCUUCAUCCGGAGCUUCUACAAAACUGAGAAGUACGGUAACGUGAUUACUUGCGCUACCUUCGGCGGAAGCACAGAGACUACCUCAUCAUCGUUUUCCGACGCAGCGAGGCUCAUCUCGUCCUCCUGGCCCGCCGCUAAUCUACCAAACAAGUAUUACGAGCAGGAUGACCGGAAGAUGGUCGUAUCGAGGCUGAGAUUUACGAUGCACAAAAGCUGGUUGCUGGUCAUUGACAGCGCUGACGACUUGCAGGGGCAAGAUUUCACGCAAUGUGUGCCACAUUACCACCAUGGCUUCAUAAUCGUCACAAGCAUCAGAAGAGAGGCCGCCGACGUUUUCGGUAUGGAAAGUCAUGAGGUUAGCAGCCUGGAUCCUGAGAGUGGCGGGCAGCUUUUUGUUACCAGGCUCCGUAAGGGGAGUAGUGAGGUAUCUACAUCGAUGGAGGCUAUCGUGAAGGAGCUGGAUUGCCUGCCGCUGCCUAUUGAGCACGCGGCCGCUCUAAUCCAGCUCAACCGAUUCUCACUCAAGAAUUUCCUGUCCGGCUAUCGACAACACUAUCAGCGCCUUUCCGCUGAAAGGAUUCCAAAAGGACUCCUCAAAUACGAGAAAAGCCUUUCACUCUUCACCCUGAUCGAGAUGCUAUACUCGACCAUCCAGGAAGUAUCUCCCGAGGCUGCUGCUCUAUUGACUCUUCUUGCGUUUCUCGGCCCCUGGCGCUUCAACUUGGUGAUCUUUCGGCUUUCUGACCGAGAGGAACGCCCUCUAGAUGCCACGCUGGCGAGCUUUGACAACGCCCAUCUCAAGGCAGUUCUAACGAACAACAUCUCGUUUCUUCUCGCUAUCAGCAUCUUCGUGUUUGUUAUCGAGGCUACGCCCGAGAAGGAGCCAUGGAUACUUGCAGCCGCCGCAACGCUCAGUGCUGGUGCGCUUCUCUCACAAGAAAGUCGCCUCAAACCUGCCAAAACGGACUUUCAGCGAGCUGUUGAAUAUCUGAAGCUUCAACAGGGGCACUCUUGGCCGAGCGGUAAGGUCGCCUUGUACUUGCUCUAUGGAUUGGCCACCACGCACCACAGGGAGCAGGACACCGAGAAGGCCAUGGCAGCGUUAGAGAAAGUUUUGGGUCUCGCGCUCAAUAUCUUCGAAAAAGAUGACCCCAGAGUCGCCGAAAUACAUGCCAGGGCCAAAGCUGUUGCCGAGCGGGCGAACUCGAAUCUCCGACAUCACAAGGCUGUCCUUCUUGCGAGGACGGCCGGGGACGGUCAGAAGCUACGACGAGAGUUGCAAUAUCCAGAUACGCAGCCUCCAAGAGCAGAGGGGAGCAGUAGUAGACGCUUGCCUGAACUUGAAAACCUCUUCGACAUUACCAACCACCGAUUGGAGCGUCUAUUGAAGCGUAGAGCUGAGGGAAGCACUAGUGGACACUUGGAUGAAGUUGAAGACCUCCUCCACAUUGCUUUAAUCAUUGACCGCCUAUUUAAGCUUAGGGCAGAGGGAAGCACUGGGGAACGCUUGGAUGAAGUUGAAGUCCUCCUCAACAUGAUAAAGCAUCAGUUGGAGCAUAUCGUUGGGAAAUACCGCAGCGAGGCUCUAUAA